AUGUUUGGUGGACCUUUAAAUUCAAAGUCGGAAGAACAGAAAGUAAAUUAUUUGAUGUUAUGGGUAAGAGAGAAAGGAAGAGAUAUUUAUUAUACAUGGACUCUAAGUAAUGAUGACAAAAAGAAAUUGGAACCUCAUUUCACAAAACUAGAAGAAUAUUGUGAACCAAAGUCUAACGUAAUCUAUUCACGAUAUUUGUUAAAAUCGAGAGUACAGAAACAAGAUGAAACUUUUGAACAAUUUGUCACAGAUUUGAAAUUAUUGAUAAGAGAUUGUGGCUACCCAGAAGACAGAUAUGAUGAAACUGUGCGAGACCACAUAGUGUUUGGAGUAAAAUCGCAUAAAAUUAGAGAAAGCUUAAUUAGGAAAGGUUCAGAUUUAAAACUGCAAGAUUGUUUGGACAUUGCCAGAACUCAUGAAAGAUCUCAAACACAAGUAAAAGAAAUGGAGUCGGAAGACAAAUCCUUGCAUGGAAUCAAACGAAAACCUCCAGUAUCAAAGAAAAAAACAUUCCAACCAAAACAAUCAGGAGCGAAAUACUUUCAACCAAGGAUAUGCCUUAAAUGUGGAUACCAGCACACCACAGCUACAUGCCCUGCUAAUGGAAAAACUUGUUGGAAAUGUAAGAAACCCGGACAUUUUGAGAAAAUGUGUAAAUAA